UCUGCCCUUGCAGGCGCAGAGCGGUUCAGUUCCGGCAUGGUGCGGUUGCACGUGAAGCGCGGCGACGAGAGCCAGUUCCUGCUCCAUGUGUCCGGUAGCGCUCGCCUCGCCGACCUGGCGCCCCUCGUCGCCCGCAUCUACAAUGGCAGGUUGAAGGUGCAGCGGCUCUGCUCAGAGAUGGAGGAGCUGGCGGAGCAUGGUGUUUACUUACCUUAUAAUAUGCAAGGACUGACAGAUGAGCAAAUUGAAGAACUGAAGUUAAAGGAUGAGUGGGCAGAAAAGUGUGUACCGAGCGGUGGAAGUGUCUUUAAGAAGGAUGAAAUCGGGCGAAGAAAUGGGCACGCUCCAAAUGAAAAAAUGCAGCAAGUUAUAAAGAAGACGAUAGAGGAAGCCAAGGCAUUAAUCUCUAGGAAACAAGUUCAGGCUAACGUGUGUGUUAAUAUGGAGAUGGUGAAAGAUGCAUUGGACCAGCUCCGAGGGGCUGUGAUGAUUGUGUAUCCAAUGGGAUUGCCUCCACAUGAUCCAAUUAGGAUGGAGUUGGAAGAUAAAGAAGACUUGUCAGGAACUCAUGCUGGACUUGAGGUUAUAGAAGAAUCGGAAGCACAAUUAUGGUGGGCAGGAAAGGAGUUGAAUGAAACAAAGUUGCUCUCUGAUUAUAUAGGCAAAAAUGAGAAAACAACCAUCAUUGUCAAGAUACAGAAAAAAGGACAAGGAGCUCCAGGGCGUGAACCUCUGAUUAGUCACGAAGAGCAAAAACAGAUGAUGCUGUACUACUACAGAAAGCAGGAGGAGCUGAAGAAACUAGAAGAGGACGAUGACGAUUCAUUUCUAAAUGCAGAGUGGGCAGACAACCAGGCUUUGAAAAGGCAAUUUCAUGGUGUAAAAGACAUCAAGUGGGGUCCGAGAUGAAGCUCUGCAGAAACCUUUUUGCCUCUUCAAGCUGUUUGGUUGAUACACUUGUUUGAAAUUAGGAGUUAUGUUGUGUGUGGUGGAUUCUUCUGGCAAAAGCUGAAAGUGUCACUUCCGGCGCAGGUGCCUGUUUCACCUGUAGGUUUUCAAUAGACAUUUACAUUUCUGUGUAACUGUAGCAGUCCUUGUCUCUGCAAAGAAUGGAAUCAAUCCUGUUGAAGUUUGCUAUUUUGUUAGAAACUUGGAAUUCGAAUACUGAAAUGUUAAACUAUUUCAUAGAUAGUAUAUCUAAUAAAUAUGCAAUAGAAUGUUUGGCAUCA